CGUCGGAUGAGUUCCUGACCUGUACGCAGUCACCAGAUAUUAGAUCCUUCACCCCUGGGGACGCUCCUUGCUCCACCGGCCCAUUCCAUUACUCAAUUGUAACCAUCACCCCAUCCCUGCAUUCCUCUUAAAAGCUGGGGAUUCCUCUUCGUUUCUUCUGUUCCUCUUCUCGGUCCCCACUGUUCCUGUCAUCUCUUUGUCUACCCCGUGUCUUCUGAAGGGCGCUGCCGCUGUCGGAUAUACUAUCCCGCCAGCACAAUGGCUUCGUCCAUCAUCACUCGGGGGUCCAGCACCCUGGAGGCCUUCACCUCGCGCGCUCAACCAAAGGUCACUGUAGAUCUACAAGGCCAGACUGAGGGUCUGGUCAACACCUACACCACUGGCGACCGCAUCGAAGGCACCGCCACCAUCACCGUCGACCGCGAUGUCCGGUUCGACGACGUGGAAAUCACCUUUGAAGGAACGUCGCGCACGUCGGUCGAGCGAACCUCCAUCCCCGGCCGCACCGGCGCAUAUCAGACCUUUCUGCGCCUGCGCCAGCCCAUCGACGACACGGCGUAUCCCACGCCGCGCGUGCUGGAGCCCAACCGCACGUAUCAGUUCCCCUUCACCUUCGUCGUGCCCGAGCGUCUGCUGCCGCACGCCUGCAGCCACCGCAAGACCAACGUGCACGUGGAACGGUCGCACACGCUGCUGCCGCCCACGCUGGGUGACGCCAUGCUGGCAUCCGACGGCAAGACGCUGCUCGACGACAUCUCGCCCGACAUGUGCCGCAUCGCCUACCUGGUGCGCGUCACCGUCUUGCGCAGGAAGCCGUCCGACUCGGACAACGCCAGCUCCAAAAGCCUCGCCUCCGUCGGCAAGAAAGUCCGCGUCGUGCCCGCCGUCGACGAGGAACCGCCGCUCAACGUCGAAGACCACGAGUCGACCUACUGCACGCGCAAGGAAAAGGACGUCAAGCGUGGUCUACUACGUGGGAAACUCGGCCGUCUCGUCGUCGCCGCCACGCAGCCCAAGCCUGUGCGACUGAAUCCCCCUGCCACCUCGGAGUCCGGCGAUAGCAUCACCAACAACACCAACAACAACCCCGUCAGCACCGCCGCCACGCUGCAUCUGCGCUUCGAUCCCGUCGGCACCGAAGCGCCGCCUCGUCUGGGCACCGUCUGGAGCAAGCUGCGCGUGUCCACCUACUUCGGUGCCGAGCCCUGGCCCGACUAUCCGUCGCCCUCGUCCUCGUCCGCCAUGAUGCUGGCCCAGAUGGGACGCGGCAGUUACACCGAGUCCGUCCCCCUGUCGACGUUGUGUCUCGCCUCGUCCGCCUCCGCCGGCUGGACGCGACACGAACCGCCUCGUCUGGACCGCUGCGCCUCGCGCCAGUCCAGCACCAGCUCGUCCUCGUCCUCCUCCUCCGGCACCGACUCCCUCACCGGCCCCUCCGCCUCCUUCGACGGCGACAGCGCCUAUUACACCGCGUCCGUCGUCGUCCCGCUGGCCCUGCCGUCUUCCAAGACCUUCGUGCCCUCCUUCCACUCGUGCCUCAUCUCCCGCGUCUACGCCCUCGACCUCAGCAUCUCCUACCACACCCCCAACGCCAAUAUCCUCACCCCGACGGUCUCCCUGCGCAUCCCGCUGCAGUUCACCUGUGCCAGACGUGCGGUGGCCCAGAAAGACCACCCCCACGAGAUCUCCAUCGACGAGGUCAAUGCCGAGUUCUUUAACCCGCGCAGUGUGGCGCCUCCGCCGGCGUCGUCGCUCCCCGCGCCCCCGGAUUACUCGGAGAUUGCGUCGUUCUCGGUGUUGCCGGAUCGGUCGCAGGAUUUGUUGACGAGUGCGAGGGGGAGGGUGCGGACUGCUUGUUGAUUUUUUUCUGUCUGUCUGGAACGAGGUCCAGUGGUUGAAAAGGGAGGUGAAUGAGCCAUGACUAUAAAAUUACGGUUUGAUUUGGGCGUUUGCAUACAAUUUGAUAUACCCUUAGCAUGUUGCAUGAGUUAGACUAUAUUGGUAAUUUUAAU